AGACCUCUGUUCGAAAAAGAAAUCGGCCUGUCCUUCGUCGGCCAACAGCAAUCAUGGAUCACGCAAAGCUUGCUAGAAUGCAGCAGUCGGUGCGAAUCGGCGGCAAGGGUACCCCGAGAAGAAAGAUAAAGAAGGUCCACAAGAACUCUGGCACCGACGACAAGAAGCUCCAAGCUUCGCUCAAGAAGCUCAACGUUCAGCCCAUCCAGGCCAUUGAGGAGGUCAACAUGUUCAAGGAGGAUGGAAACGUCAUCCACUUCGCCGCCCCCAAGGUUCACGCUUCCGUCCCCGCCAACACCUUCGCCAUCUACGGCAACGGUGAGGAGAAGGAGCUCACCGAGCUCGUUCCCGGUAUCCUCAACCAGCUCGGCCCCGACUCCCUUGCCUCUCUCCGCAAGCUCGCCGAGAGCUACCAGUCUCUGCAGAAGAAGGAAGGCGAGGAGGGCGAUAAGAAGGAGGCCGACGACGACGAUGACAUCCCCGACCUUGUUGCCGGCGAGAACUUCGAGAGCAAGGUCGAGUAAACUUGUUUUCGUAACUUCUUGAUGAAUGUCUAAUGUUGUCGAUACUCUGCCACCCUUUUCCAAAAAAAUUUACCUGUACUUUUGCAUCCGGGCUGGGCAAGGAUAGCAGAUAGCGAUUUCACAAUAAUCUACUGUUUCUCUUCUGCUACCAAAUCAAUGAACCCUGACAGGCGAUGAUGAGAAUUUGAUGGCCCCAGUAGCUUAUAUGCUACGGCCUGGAGCUCUCCUAGCGCACAAUGGAUGCACUGGUGAAAUCUAGACCACGACCCCUCCAAACAGUGAUAUCAUGGCAUUCUCCUUUUACUUUGCUUUACCUUUCAUGGGGAUUAUGUGAAUUUUGACGGGGAAGGUCUGGGCUCAAGAAGCUCACGUGCUUGAAAUCGGG